UUCUUGUAUCUUUGUGAGUUCUCAGAGUAUAAAAGAUGAUGCUGACAACAAAAUGCACUCGGUCUUACAAUGUUGUCAGACAGUGAACGUGAACGUUAUCUGCUUAAUGCAGUGAGUGAGCUUGAAGCUGAACUGAAUUAUCAUGGUAUAAUGACAUUGAGUGACUUUUUCAAGGAGAGCGGUCAUUUAGAGUUUUGUGCAGAUCGUGAAUCUCAUAGUUGUGCAUGCAUACGACUCAGGCAGAAGCAGCAGGCUGUUGUUGAUGCAGUCAAGGAUAGCAACGUUUUCUAUGUAUGUGAUGAUCUUCACAACCCAUUGAGAAAUACUCAUGUAACCUCCACCGAUGUGAAAUGUUUCCUGCUGAAAGUUUUCACGCAAACUAUGAAAAGUAUCAAGGAUAAUAUCAACAAGAGGGCAAUGCGUCAUUGCCCACCAGGACUUGCAAUGAAAUUCACUGUCAUGUUUGAUGACACUUGCAUACUGCUAAAAUCUUUCUUCAAGUUGGAUAAGGGUGAAUGGCUGCUAUUGUUAAUCUUGAGAAGGUACCCAACUGGAGGGAUAAGGAUGUGAAGAUUGUGUUGAGUGUUCUCAAUCAAGACCAAUACUACAAGUGUGAUUUUAUAUGCGGACAACAAUCUAAAUGUCUACUGGGACUGGGUCAAAAGGAGAUUAAAUUUGCAGGAUUUACAAAAAUUGAGAGUACAGGACAUGUGAAACGAUUCAGGCUGGAGGAUGGAACAUCUGGUGAUUCAGCUUUUGAGAUUAGCAUCUACAAGGCUAUACGCAGACCUAUGCCACUGCCAUCUACUGGGGGAUAUGAUGAAGUUGAUGGACCAUGCAAUGUUCGUGAAAGGAAUAAGCCAUCAGUUGAGCGUUAUGUCACCAACAAUGAUUAUAGCCGAGGAGAAAGACUUCUUCAGCUGUAUAUUCUGUUCAAUACUGAAGAUUAAUUAUAUGUUUGUCAAUA